AUGAACAGCGGGCUUUGUGAGCACUGUAGGCGGAUCAACGUCAAUUCCAUCGUGCCCUACGGCGCCAACGACCCCCAAAUCGGCCCCCAGCAAGCCGGGCUGGUGCAUCAGCCGACGUACGAUGGUCUGCGAACGUCUUCGGCGCGCUGUCCGCUGUGUGCGCUGUUCUACGACGCCCUCGAACGCGCCAACGCCGGCCGACCGGUGCCGCCUGGAUUCCCGUCCCACGAGCGAAGCCGCAUCUGGCUGCAUGCCGGUGCUCACGCUUUCACGGACCUGCGCACCCCGAAAGGCCUGUAUCAUAUGGUCGUCAGCGUUGGUCGGGGCGGAGUCUUCAGAGCGGCCGCUGUCAGUAUCACUACUCGACCAGAUGACCCUCUUGCUCUUUCGGGCGAUGUCAUCGGACGACCGAUCGACGAGGCCGCUGGACUCGUCGAAUGCGCCAAGCAGGUCACCGAAUGGCUUUCGGCGUGCGAGAGCCAGCACAUACGGUGCAGCGAGCCUCUCGUUCCACCAGCCAAACCCCAGAUCCAGAACCAGAACCAGAACCAGACACAGAGCUCGAACUCUGACUCUCCCGGGCUAGGGCGACACACUCCCGGGGAUAUCUGUCAGAGUCUACCCUUGCCUACACGAUUGAUCGACGUCGGCUCCAUGUCCGAAACCGAAACCGAACCGCCCGUUCUUCGACUGAAGGAAACGCUCGGCUCAUACGGGCGGUACUGUGCGCUGUCGUACAGUUGGGGCCGUUCCAAAUCGUUCCGUACGCACAGGUCGACAUAUACAGACAGAAUACAAGGGUUCCAGCUCGACGAUCUCCCCAUCACGAUCCGAGAAGCCGUCAGGUUCACGCGGCUUCUUGGGUAUCGCUAUAUCUGGGUGGAUGCCCUGUGCAUCAUACAGGAUGACGCGAGGGACUGGGCGCGGGAGAGCGCGUGCAUGGACCAGAUCUACGGCCUGGCUACGCUCACCAUCGCCGCGUCGGCAUGUCGAGAUAAAUGGGACGGCUUGGUGCAUGGGAGGAGACGACACCAGGGCGUGGCGGUGACUUCUGGCUGCUCCAACAGCUCGAAUGUCGGCACCAUGUUCUUCAGUCCGCGAGCAGGCGUGAUCCGAGAUGUGAUUGACGGCUCGCCUCUCGCGAAUAGGGCAUGGACCCUGCAAGAACAGCACCUGUCGAGACGGACCGUCCAUUUCACCCGAGAACAAGUCUACUGGGAGUGUCAGCAAUGCUACCUUGCCGAAGACGGCCUGGACUCGACGAAAGAGGGCUCGGACAAGAAUUUCCUGGCCGCGCCGGCGACGGCGAGGUCGAGUUCGAAUCCGAAUCCGAAUCCGACGUGGGACUGGAUGCUGACGCGGUGGCAAUGGGUGGUUGAGAACUACGCCCAGCGGAAGCUGUUUGCCCCGAGCGACAAACUGCCUGCAUUGGCCGGGCUGGCCAACCAAUUCCGCCAGCGCACCGGCGCCACGUACCUGGCGGGACUGUGGCGAGAGGAACUGCCUCUCGGCCUGCUCUGGACCAUUCAGACCGCCGGCAGUGGCAGUGGCAGUGACAGUGGCAGUGGCCGUGGCCUGGGCGUCCGCGACACCGGUCACAGUGCGGCCGAGUACCGGGCUCCGUCGUGGUCGUGGGCAUCGAUCGACGGAGCGGUCCACUACGCCGGAUACGCCGACAUGGUGACAAUGUCGUCGGCCGACACUGCGCUGGAACAGCUGCAGGUCUUGAGCGCCGACAUGUCGCUCAAGCAAGCGGAGAAUGCGUGCGGCGAAGUCACCACCGCCGUCCUCCGAGUGCGUGGCAAAGUCCAGCGGGCCAGGCGCACCCUCGAGAAGCCAGCCACGCGUUGGGCAGGCUCGGUUCGACUGGGAUACUUCCUCCACGGCAAAGGCGAGAUCGUCUUCGACAACGAGAAUGUGAAUGAGAUGGUGGAAGGCGACCCCGUCUUUCUCCCAAUCGAGUUUCCCUGUCUUCUGGUCGAUAGGCGCAAGGAGCCCGAUGGAACCUACUCGUCCUGCUUCCUUGCUCUGGAGGAGGUGCAUCAAGCCUGCUACAAGAGAAUUGGUGUAGGAUAUGCCGAGGGCCCCGAUUGGUUCGCCUCCUGUGAUUCGAUUACCUUGAGCUUGGUGUGA